CGUGAAAAUCCCGCUAUUUUUCUCACCAUCGAACAAGUAAAGCAAAAGUUAAAGUAUGCACAGCAGCUCUGCAAAAGCUCGGGCCCGGAGCAAUUUACUAUUGCAUCACUGGUGCCAAAGAGGUCGCGCCGGCGCGACCUUUGUCCAUCCGACGUGUCACUUGACGCCACCAUCCAGAACUUUGAAAACAGCGGCGAGCACCUCCACUCACUCUGCAGAUAGAAACGGAACAAAAAACAAUGCCAGGAAAGAACAUCAUGCGGAUGACCCGUUCGAGCGGAUCCAGCCCAACAUGCCAGAGGAGGACUGGAUCGCGAGGGUGCGGGAAAAGCAGCAGUCGACUACGACCUCAGCGGAGGGCUUCUCGGCUCGACAGCACAGAGACGUUGAGCGUGAUCAAAGUGCGCAGGACCACCGGGAUGCCGAUGCGAGUGCAUCGUCGUCCACCUCGUCGAGAGGGAGUACUAGUAGCUCGACUGAUCCUCGAGGACGAGAAAAUACUACACAUCAAAACGCGGCAAACACGACGUCCUCCGCUGUCCGUCCCUCCGCGUUCCCCGACCCGUUCCCGGAGUUUGUUGCGCGGGACAAGUUUGCCUUCGACUUUUACCCGCACUGGUGGCUGGGGCACAUGAGCAAAGCGAAGGUGGAUUUGAAGAAGCGCGUGGAGCGGGGGAUCAACUUGAUCCUGGAGGUCCGCGACGCCCGCGCGCCCUUUUCCUCGUGCCAGGGGGAAUUGUUGGAGGAGUUAGGCUUUAAGGACAGCACCAUCUCGCAGUCCAACAUCGGGUCCGCGCUGUACAAUGGGAACAGCCUGUCGCAGGUGCAGCAGCCCAAACGCCUGAAAAAGCUGACGAUUUUCAACAAGGUCGACCUGAUUUCCGCGAAGGACGCGCGGCGGAUUCUGGGCGUGAUGCGGGAGCUGGGGAAGCCCGCCCUGCUGAUCUCCGCGUCGGAAAAAAUCAACACCGGCAAGAUCCGGGAGUUCAUCGUGGAGAACUGCGACGUGAAGCACAACACGGUGGGGUUGUGGAUGAUGGUCGUGGGGCUGCCGAACGUCGGGAAAUCGACCAUCAUCAACGGGUUGAAGCAGUACGCGUUCACGCUCGGUCACAAGGUGGACCCGGAUAUCAUGAAGGACGUGAAGAUGAUAUUACAAUGAAAAAUGCCCCCACCCCCGAACUUGAAAGUAUUUGUAUUGCAAACCUUUCCAAAUGAAACAUUCGGCCUCUUGCAUGUAUCAGCAUCACAGAUUUCCGAUCGUGAAUAGCAAAAAUUUGUAUUGCAAAAGAUCCCAGCAAGAGCGGUGCUUGUCAUGUAAGCGAUGCGAACCACGACUAGAAUAUGCAUCAGAAAGCUUCAUACUCCUUUCAUGCAUGACAAAAAGUUUUCAUUUGGAAACUUCGCAUCACAAAUUUUUGCAACCUUGGGGUGGGAGGCCCUUUUCACUGUAAUAGAUGAAUGAGGCGAAGACCAACAUGCUGCCCGGAACCAUAUCAAAUGUAAAAAUGUCUGGGUCUGGAAACAUGUAAAUUUCUAAUGCGUAUUUGAGAACAGAAAAAAACCUGUCAUGCAUGGACCCCCGCAAAAGUUGCUCACUUCUUGCCACCAAAAGAGGGAACUUGUCAUGCGGAUUCGGCAUCGCCUAACCUGCUCAAAACCUGUGUUGCUAGGACUUGCAUGCUAGACCUCCUGUGUCAUGCACAAACAGCAUCACAAGUUUCCAGACCCAGACAUUUUUACAAUCGAUAAACCACGCGCCACUGCAAGGGGCAGUCCACGUUUUUGAUUUCGCGCAAGCCCAUGAUCCACUGCGUGGACACGCCCGGAAUGAUGCUUCUGAAGAACGUGGAAAAUUUGGAAAAGCAAACCAAUCUGUGCUUGCUUGGUGUCAUGCCGGACCACUUAGUUGGCGAGUGGUACCUCGCGGACUACUGCCUCUUUAAGUUGAACAAGAUGCGCCAGUUCCAGUACGUGAAAGCCCUGGAUCUGCCGAGUAAGCAGCCCACGAACAGUAUUGACGAGUGCGUCAAACAUCUCGCAGAGCACAUGCAGCCGGAUAUGCUGGAGCGGGGAGCGUCGGUCGAUUUGCUGGCGGGCGUGCGCUGGUUCCUGCGUUUUUUUCGCCAGGGACACUUCGGGCCCGUGAUACUCGACAACAUGCCAUCCUCCUCGUUUGCCGGCGAAGUUGCCCUGACAAAGCGCCGGGCGUUCAUAACGGAGCCACCCAAUCCGUGGAAGGAAAAGUACGACUGUGGGGUGUUUGGGAGUUAUGUGUAGUAAGUAAGUAAUUGUGGUGGAGAGCCUGCUUUGAUCCCUGGACGAAAGACUGAAAAGUUGCUGAGUGUAGAAAUGAGUGUUUUUUCUGCUUUUCAUGCACACAGAUUCAUUUGUUUCUCUUUUUCUCUACUGGACUAUCACGAAUGUUGCCCUGACGGGAGUGGGCCAUCGUGGUCGUGAG